UGGCUCGAUCCAUUCGGAUCCGCCGACCCCGCCCCCUAGCCGAGACGUCACAGCGCAGUCGUCCAAUCGCAGCGGAGGGCCGCGUCCGAGGCCUGAGCUGGGCCUGGAAUCUGAAAAAAAUAAUUUGGCGGGAGGGCGGCGGCGUCUUCGGUGUGCGCUCCCCCUCAGGAAUUUCUCUUUUUGUUUGUUUAAAUUUCGAAUAAAGUUUCAAACAAAAUUUUACAGCUCUCAACGAACCGCGCGCGUUAUACUUGUAGCGCGGCAACAUCGAUUUAUUUGUUAAUUUAAAAAAAAUUACGUCAAAAUUAACUAAAUAUUUCCCCAGUGUUCGCGAAGGAAUGGGAUUUGAAAUCGUAGUCACGAUAGGCGGCGCCGACUCCUGAUUGGCUGCGGGGGGCUCCUCCCCCCCCCCCUCGCCGCGUCGACCAUUCGGGUUGCCCCCAGCCGGGGUGACACGCGACGUGGCCGACCAAUGGCGAGCAUGGAGUCGAUGUCCGCCCACCUCCGAUCGCUCCCUCCGGCCGAACUUCGCCGCCUCUGUGCCAGCGUCGGCCUCGCGUGCGGACCCAUCACGGCCUCCACACGCUCCGUGUUCGAGCGGAGACUCGCCGCCGUCCUUACCGCUACCACCAUCACCGCGGGAGGUGUCAAGAAAGAGGGGGCGGAGCCUGGAGAUGAGAAGGGGGCGGAGUCGGCGACGGAGGCGGAGUCGGGAGACUCGAAGGGGGCGGAGACCGCGAGCGGGGCGGAGCCUGUAAACACUAAAUGGGAGGAGUCGGCGGUAGGGGCGGAGCCUGGAGUCAUGACGGUGGCAGAGUCGGCCGGAGGGGCGGAUCCCGGAGACCCAAAGGGGGAGGAGUCGGCGGUAGGGGCGGAGUCUGGAGAGGGGGUGGGCGGUGCUAAGGCAGUGGGAGGAGUCGAACCCCAGACGACGUUCUACGGGGUCUGUGCUGAUUGGUCGUGCAAGAAGGAUGGACAGACAGGGGGAGUGUUCGCCGACCGUGCGCUGGCGCUGCAAGCGCUGCGCUCGCUCCCCGGCUCGCGCUUCAAGGCCUUUGCCACGCGUGGGGAGGCCGAGGGCUUCUCGCUCGGAGACUCGGGGGGGCCGCACGGAGCGUUGACCUCCGACCCCCCGUCGAGGGUGGGAGCCGUGGUGGGUGAGACCCCCCCGAGCUCCUUCCGCUCGCCUCGCCCUCAGGAGCUCGUUACAGUGUUGAGACGCGCCGUGGAGACAGGCGACGUGGACAGCUUCACUCGGACAGUGUGGGACAACCCCCGCUACCUCGUCGGCUCCGGGGACAACCCCACCAUCCUGCAGGAGGGCUGCCGCUACAACGCCCUGCACGUGGGUGCCCGGUGUGGCCAGACUGCGGUGUGCCUGGCGCUGCUGCGCACCUUGGCGGAGGAACGAUUCCUCCGUCUGCUGUACCCGGGGGACCCCGAGUCCACGCUCAGUCGCAGGCAGAGCUUCCUCGUCGACCUGUACCUCAACACGCCCGACCGCGGGGCUUGCGACUCCCCGCUGCACUUUGCCUGCAAGUUCGGCCACGCUGGCGUGGUCCGAGUUUUGGCUUCUCACCCGGCAACCGACAUCAGCCGGCCCAACCGUGAUGGGCUCACUCCAUCACAGGUGAUCUGUGACCGCAGUGCGGUGAAGACGGCAGAGCUGAAGGCCAAGAUCCUCAGCUACCUGGAGAACCGCUGCUUCGUGCCGCUGCUGCGCUCCCAGCUGGAGCCGCUGUCCCCUCCCGUGGUCGCCCAGCCGUGCCCACCCUCCCCCUCCUUCAACCCCCUCUCGCCACCGCCGCCAUCGCCGUCAGCGCCGCGUGGUGGCGGAGGCGGUGGUGGAGGCGGCCUCGCCUGGUCCGAGUACUGGGACUUCCUCGGAACCUUUCUGGACCUCGGCUCGGCCGAGGGACUCGCCACUUUGGAGGCUUAUCUCCGUGGCAACCGCCGUGGCAACGGUAAGCCGGCCGUCGGCAACCGGGACGUGCCGUCCAAGCUGGACCAGGAUGUUUUGAUUGCCGUGGGCGACGCUCCGCUCGAUCGCUCCCGGUUACCGCUCGUGUCGGCGUGGCAACGGCGGGUGCUCAACCACAGCCUGGACCAGCGACAGCAGUGA